AUGGCACAACAGCAACAACAACAACACCUGCAGCAGCAGCAGCAGCAGCAUCAUCAGCAACAGCAGCUGCAGCAGUUGCAACAGCAACAACAAUUGCCGCAGUACAAUAACAAUUUGUACAAUCUGAACUAUAACAUGGAGGAUCCCGAGCGGCGCAAGAGACGCGAACGCGAAAAAUAUGAACGGCAGCAGGGCAUACAGAGCGACGAUCGGGAAACUAGUCUUUUUGAGGCGCCGCGUCGCCUGAAUCCCAGCGAGGGCGAUAACAUGAUAACCGCAGCCCUCGGCGAAUUCGUCGAUGCCAAGGAGCACAUGUGCAUGAACAUGGUCGGCAUUCAUAGGCAGGCGCCGGGCGGGGGUUCCAAUGCGCGACUGCAGGGGCAGGCAACGACGCCGAUCAUCAACUCCUUGUCCUCCAUCAACUCCACCACAACGACUUCCUCAUCCGCCUCGCUGCUGCCUGGACAGCUGCCCACAUCACAACAGCAACAACAGCAGCAACAGCAACAGCAGCAACACUAUCAACAGCAGCAGAGGGCGCCCACCUACCUGAAGCAGGCGGAUAAUAAGCCGCCCUACAAUGGCCGUGGCGGCUAUCCGGGGCAGCCGAUGAAGAACGAUAUACCCUCGAGUAGCGGCAUGGCGCCGCCUCGUGGCCCACCCAGAUCCGCAUCCUCAUCUUCGUCCGCCUCCAACAACAACUCGUCCAGCGCCACAAACAAUGCCACAGCGGCAGCAGCGACGUCAGCGUCAACAGCGCCCCUCCUCGGCCCGCCAAUGUCCACGCAAAUGCCGAAUGGCCGCGAGAAAUCAUAUCUGGGGCCACCGGCGCCAGCGUUGUCCAACGGCGGUCGCUUUGUCCCGCCAGCGGCGAGCGGUAAACGCACCAGCAACACCGCCGGACUGCAGCCACCGCCACCAGAGAAGGAUAUUAGCAAAAUAAUCAACGAAAUGACCAACAGCUAUCGCGUGACCCCGCUGACCUCGAUAGCGGCGACGCCGCACGCGCCGACGCGCGAGAACUACAACCUGAAUGGGCCCAAUAAGAAUAAGUAUGCAUUUGACGACGUGGAACCCAUCGGUCCCCUCAACUCACCGCCGGCGGCAAGCGGCGCCUCCUCCUCCUCCCUCUCCUGCACCACCAACUCCUCCUCCUCGCUGCUAAUGACGCCCCUGUUGGCGCCCAUAGCGCCCAUCACAUCACCGAUUGCCCCGCUGUUGACGACACCGCCGCAGGCCAGUCAGCUGCCGUUGCCACUGCCACUGCUGCCACCGCUGGCGGGUGCCACAACAGUGCUGCCACCCGCAUUGGGCAUGGCGGCCGUUGCGCCCAUCCAGCAGCUGAUGCCAACGCCCCCAAAGGCAUCGCCCACGCCUCCAACAGCGAUAAGGCCCCUCAAAUCGGAGAAAAAUCACUCGCUGGAGAAACAGGACUCGUGCCUUGAGAACGAUCUGGAACUAUCUGAAUCCGAUGAUGAUCGCAAGAGGGAUAUUUGUUCUGCUGGCAAUAGCAGCAACAGUUCUGAGACGGAUUCCAGCGAAUCGGGCAGCGAGGCGAGCAGCAAAGGCGAAGCACAGCAGCAACAGCAGCAGCAGCAACAGUUGCUGCAUCAUCAGCAUCAGCAGCAGUUGCUACUGCAGCAGCAGCAGCAGCAACAACAACAACAGCGAGCGACAGCAACAACAGCCAAUGGCGGCAACAAGAAGAAAUGCCAAACAAUUAUUGCCAGCGGUGCGAAUACAAUCAGCGGUCUACUCACCUCGAGUGGUUUGGGUGGCUCAGGUGGUGCCGUCAACGCGACGAGCAACACGAACUCGGGGCUAUUGGGCGGCGGUGGCGGCAGUGGCAGCACGGGUGGCGGCGGCGGUUCGAGUAGCAGUGGCAUGGGCAACAUGAGCAGCUCGAGCUCAUCGAACAAGACGCCAUCGCCGACGGACAGCAAUCGCUGGCAUCUGAGUCGUUUCUUUCCGAAGCCAACGAAUCAGGCCACCGCCGAGAGCGUAUCGCCGGGCAACGUGGCAUGUGGCAAUGUCAGCAUGAAGGUGCCAGGCAUUCUGCCAGGCGGUGCACAAAUCAUACCCGAAUCCAUCGAUGUCACGACGGCAAUUGUUAAAAACGAGAAGCUGCACGACGACACGCGACGCAUUACGGAUGACGAGGACGAGGAUGAGGCAGACGAACAACACCAGCACCAACAGCAUCAACAGCAGCAGCAGCAGCAACAGCAGCAGCAGCAGCGAUAUGCCGCUGGACUGAGUGUAACGGUUAAGAAGGAACAACAGGAACAACAACAGCAACAGCAGCAGCAACAACAGCAGCAGCAGCAGCAGCAACAACAGCAGCAGCAGCAGCAGCAGCUCAGUGCCGAGCAGCUGGCGUUGGCGGGCGCCUUGCCCAAUAACCAAAUCAAACGCGAAGUGCGUCUGUCCGACUCGGCAAGCAUUAGCAGCGGCAGUGCCAGCGGCAGCAGCAGCUCAGACAGUGCCGCUGGUGAAGUUGUGCCGCUGCCGGGACCCGGUGAAACGCUUCAAAUACCCGGAGUGCCGGCAGCAAUCACAACAGUGUUACGUGUGCCGCCAGCCAUGCAGCAGAAGGUGCCGCCAAAUAGUGUCACAUUGACGCCAAUUGGUCCGCUGCCGGCGUCGCCGAAGCCACGCCAAAAGAAGCCGCGCAAGAAGAAGAUGUCGGCGGCAACAGCGCCGCCGCUGGACUCCAGCGAUGAGGACGAGCCAGCAAGCAGCAACAAGAAGCAUGCCCUUGAGUUGGCCGCAACGACAGCAGCAGCAGCGGCUGCAAUUGCUGCAGCACCUGCUGCCACAGCGGCAGCACUGCCCGCUGUUAAAAAGGGGCGCGGCAGGCCACGCAAGCAGCAGCAACAGUUGCAACAGACACAAAGCGGCAAUUUGAGCAGCGCCUCGGCAGGCUCACUGGCGAAGGGACCAACGCUGACGGCGGCCAAGAAACCGCUGGCGAAAUCAACAGCAGCAGCAGCAGCAGCGGCAGCAUUGGCUGCAACAGCAUUAACAGUUGCUGGCAGUCGCAAGCGGGAGCACAGCAGCAACAGCAGCUCCAAUGGCAACACGCCCACCAAAAAGUUGCAUGCUGCACCAGCAACAGUAGCAGCAGCUGCGGCAGCAGCAGCAGCAGCAACAACAUUGCUGCCGCCAACUGCUGCCGCGGGCAGCAGCAGUGAUGAGGAUAGCACCAGCAGCAGCUGCAGCAGCACCAAGUCCAGCAACAGCAGCAGCAGCGGCAGCGACAGCGAAGCAACAGCAACAACUGCAGCUGCAGCAACAACAGCAGCAGCAGCAGCAGCAGCAACAACAACAACAACACAAAAUCCCGCCAAAAAGCGUAUUGUAAAAAUUAACAAAUUGGGCGUUGUCAGCAGCAGCAAAAACAAUCGUCUCUACGGCGCCGGCAGCAGCAGCAACAGCAGCAGCAGCGAAACCGAAGAGCAACAGCAGCAACAGCAGCAGCACAAACAGCAGCAGCAACUGUUGCUCAUGCAGCAGCAGCAACAGCAGCAGCAGCAGCAGCAACAAAAGCAACAAUUGCAGCAGCAUCAACAGCAGCAGCCGUUGCAGCCGCAGCAACAACAGCAGCAGCAAUCGCAUUUUACACCCGAUGCGAAGCAGGCGAGACAACGUUCGAGCAGCUCCGAUGGCAGCAGCAGCUCCAGCACCGACAGCAGCAGCACGAACAGCAGCAGCAGCAGCGACGAGGUCGAUGUGCAUCAUGGCGGUGGCAAGCGCAAGAGUGAUAAGAAGAAGAUCUGCACGCUAACACGCAUCUUCAAUCCCAAAGAGGGCGGCGCCAAGAAACAGGGUCAGGUUGUCAUCAUCGAUCAGUCCGAGGAGCAAUUGCAGCAGCAGCAACAGCAGCUGCAACAACAGCAGCAGCAACAGCAGCAACAUCAGCAGCAGCAGCAGCAGCAGCAACAACAGGAGCAGCAACAAUCCAAAGAGUGGAAGCCGCGUGCAACGCCCACACAACUAUUGGGUGCCACGCUGGCGUCACCGGCACGCACCACCACACCACAUUUGACGUCGCUGAUGUGCAAAAUUGAUUUGAGCAAGUUGGCGCGAGUGCCGCCCGAAUGGUAUCAGAAGAGCUAUCGACAAUAUGCAGCUGAGCAGCAACAGCAGCAGCAGCAGCACCUUCAUACGCAGCAGUUGCACCACCCGCCACACCACCAGCACCAGCACUACCAGCAGCAGCACCAGCCGCACCAGCAGAAGGCACAACAGAAUGGCCACCUCAGCAGUCGGUCAGCGGAAGGUGCUCGCACACCCAAAGAACUGCAGCAGGCGUAUGGCAUGCCCAAUGGUUAUGUGACAAGUGGUGGUGCAGCUGGUGCAGCUGGUGCUGCCAGUAAGCUAUUGGGUGGCGUCAAGCACGAGCAUGGCGUUAAGCCCGAGCCGGAGCUGGAUGCCGGCUAUGAGGCAAAGUAUAAACCAAAUAGCGUUAAGCAGGAGUUCAUGCCCAAACAGGAGAUGCCAACGCGUCGACGCAAACGCAGCUCCAGUUCGAGUCCGUACAAGGAGAAGAAGCGAAAAAAGGAGAAGGCCGACCAGGUUAGCAAGGAGCUGCUGCCGGUGCCGGUGCUGCUGCCCGCCAACAAUCACGAGCGAUUAUCUCGCGACAAGUUGGAGCUGCUCCAGCAGGAGAUUAGCUCGGCCAAUGGCAGUCCAACGAAACGAUCAUUUCCAUUGGCCCAUGCACAGCAGCAGCAACACCAGCAACAGCAGCAACAGCAGCAACACCAGCCUCAACAUCAGCAACAGUUAAAGGCCACAACAACAACAUCAACAACGGCAACAGUUGCUGCGGUGCAAACGUCAACGACGGCAACACAACAGCCAACAACCUGCAGCGAAGCGGUACAAACGACACCGCCACCAGUGGCGCCACCGCCUCCGCCGCGUCUCAUCUAUCGCUCCCACUUCGAUAAUGAGGAGGAGCCUCCCAGCGAUGACCUCAGGAAAAACGAGAUACUGCUGCAGGAGGCAAUCAGGCGAAAGCGUGCCGCUGACUCGGAGCGCGACUCCUUCAAACAGAUGACGCUCUAUUUGGAGGCGAUUGUCUACUUCCUGCUAACCGCCGAUGCCAUGGAACGGAGCAACAUGGAGGCCACGUGGACCAUGUACAAGGACACCCUAACGCUAAUUAAAUUCAUUUCCUCGAAGAAUCGACCGUAUCAGCAGUCAACGAAUGGAAAGCACGAAUCGCACAAUAUAGUGGCCAUACUCAGUUUGCGCUGCCAAUCACUGAUAUCCUUAAAGCUUUACAAGUUGCGACGUGCCAAUUGUCGUGCGAUAAUAGCCAGCUGCUCCGAAUUCUUUCGCACCGGUGGCCGUGGCGAUAUUUUGAAUGGCAACACAUUGUCCUCCAUAUCACCAUCGAACUCGGUGGGCUCGCAGGGCUCCGGUUCGAAUACGCCGCCUGGCAGAAUAGUGCCUCAAGACAUACACAAUCAGCUGUGCAGGCAGAACGAGUAUCUCACCUAUGUGAACAGCGCUCACGAUCUGUGGGAUCAGGCCGAUCGUUUGGUGCGCACCGGCAAUCAUAUAGACUUCAUUCGCAAGCUGGAUCACGAGAAUGGACCGAUGACGCUGCAUAGCACCAUGCAUGAGGUGUUUCGCUAUGUUCAGGCUGGUCUCAAAACGCUACGCGAUUCAGUCUCGUAUCCCCAGUCACAGUAGCGAUAACUUUCGCCCCAACAUCGAUUCCAACCACAACAACAACAACAACAGCAGCAGCAGCAGCAGCAGCAGCAGCA